AUGCCAGGUGAGCGGAUCUACUUCCAGCUCCGCUUCUUCCUUUUUCCGGUGGUGCGGACUGCUGCAGCCACCAUUGCCACGAAGGCUGGGGAGGCCACGUUGCUGCGCAGCGCAGUCACAAACGAGCGCUUGGCCACGGUCUUCAGCCUCGACGGCUAUCGCCUCAAUGACCAGGUGGCGCGACCCGCCGCCUCGGUGCACCGGCGGCUGGUGGAGUAUUUGAGCGCCAGAGAGGUGGAUGUGGAGCUUUGGAGUGCCGACUCGGAGAUGCAGCUGGGCGUUUGCUCGGUGAAAUUGGAGACCUUAGUCCGGCAAGGGCACCAGGUGGCGAAGCUGGAGGCGGAGCAUGCGGUGUUGGAGCCGCUCAGCGGCGAACCCAAAGGCACUCUCCGGAUGCUGCUGGUGAACCGCGGACAGCCGCCUACAGCUUACAAGGAUCUUACGCUGCCACUGCCUCCUCCAGCUCCUCCGCCACCCGAUGGGGGCAAUCCCCAGUCGCCUCCAGCGGCGCCCUCACCCACGCGCGCGCGGGCAAGGCAUAAGGUCUCAGCACUGGAGAGUGGACUGAUUGGAGGAGGUGGCCACAUGACGGAAGAGCUCCAGCAUCAGAAGCACGAGCGCCUUCGCCAGCUGCGCCUCCUGCGCUCCGACCCCGGCCCCGACGCCGCGCACGUGGGCGACGACGUGUCGCAGCACCGGGCGCGGAUGGCGCAGGCGGAGGCGGUGCGUCAGGACCGAAAGAGACAAGAGGUGGCCCGGCGCAUGGAUCGCUUCAAUACCACGCGGCAGUCGCUCUCAGUGAGCUUCGCGUGCCCCAGCUACUUCACAGUAGACUUCACCAACCCAUAUGGGCAACAGGCGACCUUCACAGUGCAUGUGCUGCCCAAGGGCCACCCGCCGCCUCCGCCCGAGCUGUUGGCCUCCCUUCCGGCGGUGGCACCGUUGCAAGGAGUUCUGGUCGCUCCACCGGAGCAAAGUCUCAUGCUCGUCAAGGACCCGGAGGAGUGGCGCCGUUUGGCCACUCUAGGCUCUGUGGCACCGGCGCCCUCAGGCGACUUUGCACGUUUGGCCACAGGGUCCUUCACGCUGAAUCCGCGGGAGCAGAUUAGCCUUCCCUUUCGUUACCUGGACUUUGACUUCCCCAACUUGGACGCAACACCACAGCAGGCUGUCCUGCUUCGCCUGCCAGAGCUUGCGCAGCAGGUGGCGCCUAAUGCCAAGGACUUCCUCGUCGAGGUGGUGCUGCACCAGGGACCUGUGCUGCGGAGGGUGGAGGUCACUGCGGUGCCCCAGCCCAGCGUGGUCGAUCGGAAGAUCCGCUACUUCGAGGCCGGGGGGGUGGCAUUCGGAAGGUCAUGGCCUUGCCGCCUGUGCCGCCCUCGUCUUCCUCAGGGACUUGCUUUGCCUACUGCACCAGCAGAGAUGUACACAUUCAACGCCGGGAUCAGGAGGAGGUGUCGUUGCGCUUCCUCGCUCCAGCAUCGCCAAAUGUGCUCGCGUUCUUCGUGGUCUUCUACGGCGACGCGCACUUCGGCAGCCUGGUGGCAGUGCAGCUGGUCGAAGUGCAAGGCUUGCGCACCGAGCGGAUUCGCCUGGUCGUUGGGCAGAGCAUCGAGCGCUCCAUUUGCUUGGCUCCGGCAGAGGUGCUGGACGCUGGAACGGUGCGCUUGCAUUCCUCCAAUCCGGAGGCAGUCCAGGUGCAGCAGAGUGCGGAGGUGGAUCCACGCUAUGGUGUGA